AUUGCGAAUUUCAUCGCUCUACUAACCAACUACAAUCAACUCUACUAACACUAUGGUCAAGAAGAUUACUGUCUACACUGCUUUUGGACAAUUCCUCGAGAUGAUCGAGCGUCAAGCCGAACAGAGAAGGGAAACAGUUCCAGUCAUUUGUCCGAUCGUUGAAAAGGCUCAGCCAAGGACAGCUUUGAACAAGGUUCAAUCUUGCCCAGUUGUUCCAACAACUGCAAGAGUUACAGCGGAGAUCAAGAAGAGCAUUAGCUGCCCAUUAUUGGCUCUCCAAGCAGAUCAACUGAUUGAGGUGACCGUCUCCCCAGUCCCAACAACUACAGAAUCAAAAAAGAUCAAUGAGGCUGCGGAGCUUAUGGCCAAUUUCUGGAUGAGCUUUAAUUGCCUUGAUAACGAGAAAGAACAGAUGGAAUCGAUUUUUGAGAAGAUGAAUGGAUUGUUUGCUGCACCCUCCACAACAUCUACGGCAUCACUUUUCGGGAAGUACGAGGGAUUUUUUGAGAAAACGGAGGUUGCUACGGAAGAUAUGAACACGUUUUUGUGGAAUUCUCCAGCUCAUCCAUCUUUCCCACAACUUCCAGUUUUCGUCAAAUCUCCAAUCGACUCGAUGAAAAUAUAUGGAGCAGUUAAUCAUAAAUUCGAUAUUUCUGAAGAUGAAUCACUCCCAUGCACGGCUCAAUCUGUUUCAUCUCCAAUUUCUCCAUCUUCUACCACCUCGGAUUCUUCAAGUGAAACAAUCAUUCUUGGACCUGGACAUCUUCUUCAGGAAGUCUACUUGCAGAGAAUGGUCAUUGAAGAACAGAAGAAGAUCAUUGAUAGCUUUCAUGAAAUUCAGAAGCUCAACAAGAAACUGGCUGCUCUUCAAAAUAACUUUACAGCUUGAUCUUCUUGACAAAUAAAUACUUCCACUGAC